CAUCAAUUCGUUAAUCCGUUAUUGUAUUACUAUUGUUUGCUUCGCCUAAACCCAUCCAGGAAAAGGAAACAACGUGUUCUGUUCUGCGCUUCGACCUAAGAUAUGGUUAUUUUUUAAUUUACUUCACUUGUAAAUAUUACAUCUGUUCUCAAUCAGCACCAUUAGUCUAGCCCCUCUUCUCCCUCCUUCCUUCAAAUGAAGCGGGCUCAGUACAGUUGCUUGCUACUUUUGCUACUUCUACUUUACUACAUUUUGUUUUGCUUACUUUGUUCUCACGAAGACAAAGAAAACCCGCUUACUUCAUUUCUCUGCUUCUCCUUUCUUUGGUUCAUUCUCCCACUUUUUCCCCUAACUGUUGCCUUCAUUCACUCUUUCGGUUACUUCCUCUUCCCUCUGCCCUUCCUUCCUACGCUCAACCGCGCCCAAUUUACCGAGCUGCAUCUCCGCAGCGACGCUAUGCCAUCACAAACAUCAUGCCGCCUGUGUUUCUUCGGGUUUUAAAUUUUCUUCCUUUCAGUCAAAGAAACACCUCCUUCCAACGGACUAGCGGCAGCGCAUUCACC